AUGGUUAAAGGUGGGGCAGGGGUCAGAAAAUCAUCAAAAUCAAAUUUAGAUUGGCUAGUUGAUAAAGGGGAAAGCCUUAAUGCACCUAUUAAGGCCUCGUCUUUGAAUGGCAACAAGGACUCCAUCUACAGCCUGGCUAUGAAUGCACCUGGCACUGUGAUUGUGAGUGGUAGCACAGAAAAGCAGCUCCGCGUAUGGGAUCCCCGCACCGGAAACAAACUCAUGAAGCUUAAAGGUCACACAGAUAAUGUGAAGGCCCUGCUAGUGAACCGUGACGGCACGCAGGCACUAUCAGGCAGCUCAGACGGCACCAUCAAGUUGUGGUCACUGGGUCAGCAGCGCUGCGUUACCACCAUUAGAAUCCACGAGGAGGGCAUCUGGGCUCUGCAGGCCAACGACACAUUCACAACUGUCUUCUCGGGAGGAAGGGACAAACGCAUAUACAUGUCUGAGACGCGUUGCCCUGAUAAACAUGUCCUACUGUGCGUGGAAUCAGCCCCGGUGCUCAAGAUGCUCCUCACGCCAGACAACUCCUCCUUGUACGUGGCCACCACCAAUUCGGCCAUCAAGUGUUGGCCCCUGAACAACCGGCUAUCCCAUGUGGAGGACUACUGUGAUAAUGAUGACGAGCAGGAGCUGCGCCCAGUGAUGGGGCAGCCAGACUGGAGCAUCAGAGGGGGUCCGUCCAUCAAGCAGUACACCAUCCUCAAUGACAAGCGGCACCUGCUCACCCGCGACACAGAGGAGAACGUUGUGCUCUGGGACAUCCUUAAGGCAGUGAAAGUGGAGGACCUUGGCAAGGUAGACUUUGAGGCAGAAAAGGAGAAGAAAAACAAACCCAUUUAUGUUCCUAGUUGGUUUACUGUUGACUUGAAGACAGGAAUGCUGACAAUCCACCUGGCAGAGAAGCGAGACGAGGUGGACUGCCUCUCCGCAUGGGUGUCAGCCAAAGAAGCAAAUUUCCCAACUCAGGAUGGGGUAGACCUCAAAAUCAACUACGGUGAACUCCUGCUGAAGGCCCUGUUCGAGCACUGGCCAAGAACGUACAUGUCCGGAGUGGGAAACGGAAGUGGAACAAGCCACAGGGGAGGUAUUAUCAGUGAGAUCCAGGGGCGCACUUUGUACCGGCUGCUCUGUGGAGACGCUGGGGGAGAUACGGAGGGGGUGUUGCUCAAUGAGACGGUACCGCCCUGGGUGCUGGAUAUUGUGGUCGACAAGACCACCCCCAAGCCUAAGAACAAAGUCUACUUCUUCCUGCUUCCACACGCAUCCUCAGGCAUAAAAAGAGAGAAAAAGGACCGGCUGAGUGCCAACGACUUCAUCCAGAUCCGCAAGGUUCAAGAACACGUCUAUGAGAAGGUCCUGGGGGGAGGUAGCGAUGCUGGCUCCACCACCAACAACAAUGACCGAAGCAGUGACGACAAGGCUGAAACCGCCUCCAUUGCCGAGGACCGAGUCCAACUGCUGUGUAAUGAUAAAGUAUUAGACCCCAAUAUGGACCUGCGAACUGUGCAACAUUUCAUAUGGGGUAACACGUCUCAAGAUCUCGUGCUUUUCUAUAGACCAAUUAAGUGAGAUCAGGCCUGUGCGUUGGGUUAGCAUUCCUUACUGUAUAUGUAUAUAUAUAUAUAUAUU